CUGAGUCUUUCUACCCAUUACUUCUUCAGUUUCCAUCAGCAACCACGCACUUUCACUUACAAUUUUCAGUUUAACUCAUUCGAGCAGUUGUGGAUCAACUUUGUAAAUGAGAAAUUACAACAAUUCUUCAAUCACCACAUGUUCGUGCUGGAACAAGAGGAAUAUGCCCGUGAAGGUAUCCAAUGGACGUUCAUUGACUUCGGUCUUGACCUGCAGGCUUGUAUCGAACUUAUUGAAAAGCCUCUCGGUAUCAUCUCCAUGCUUGAUGAAGAAUGCAUUGUACCCAAAGCAACCGAUAUGACACUUGCCCAAAAGCUGAACGAGCAGCAUCUGGGCAAGCACCCGAACUUCGAGAAGCCCAAACCACCGAAGGGCAAACAGGCAGAGGCUCAUUUCGCGAUGCGUCACUACGCCGGAACCGUCAGAUACAACGUUUCGAAUUGGCUCGAGAAGAACAAGGAUCCCCUGAACGACACCCUCGUCUCCGUGCUAAAGGUCUCAAAAGGAAACGACCUGCUGAAUGAAAUCUGGAGCGACUAUGUGACUCAGGAGGAGUUUUUGUUUUCAGGUGGCGCUGCUGGAAAGCGAGGAAAGUCUGGAUCGUUCAUGACCGUGUCGAUGAUGUACCGUGAAUCCUUGAACAAUCUGAUGAGUAUGCUGCAUAAAACACAUCCUCACUUCAUUCGGUGCAUCAUUCCCAAUGAGAAGAAGAAGUCCGGACUUAUUGAUGCUGCGCUCGUGCUCAAUCAGCUCACUUGCAACGGAGUGCUGGAAGGAAUCCGUAUCUGCCGUAAAGGUUUCCCGAACAGGACCCUCCAUGCUGACUUCGUGACCCGUUACGCUCUUCUCGCAGCCAAAGAGGCAAAGUCAAGCGAUGAUCCAAAAACGAAUGCCGGGGCCAUACUUCAAGCCCUCAUCAACGAGCAGAAGUUGAACGAUGAACAGUUCCGCGUUGGUCACACUAAGGUCUUCUUCAAAGCUGGAGUCGUGGCCCACAUUGAAGACCUUCGUGACGAAAAGCUCAACGCCCUCAUCAGUGGUUUUCAGGCUCGCAUUCGUUAUUGGUUCACCCUCAUCGACCGCGAAGCUCGCGCGAAGCAGUUGAAUGCCUACGUGGUAAUCCAGCGAAACAUCCGCUCAUGGAGUAUCCUAAGAACGUGGGAUUGGUUCAAGCUGUUCGGAAAACUCCGUCCUCAGCUGAAGAGCGGAAAGAUGGCAGAGGAGUUGGCUAAGAUGACGGAAGAACAGAAGAGUCUUGAAGCGUUAUCGGCUCAGAAGGAAAGCGAACGCAAGGCUAAGGAAGACAUGCUCGCCAAACUCAACCAACUAGAGAUGACUAAGGGUGGCUCAGCUUCGAUCGAAGAUAAGUUGACCAAGUUGAACAAUGCUAAGCAAGACCUCGAGAAAGCUCUGAAUGACACCAAUGACAAACUGUCAGAGCAAGAAGAACGAAAUGCUGACCUAGAGAGGCAGAAGCGUAAGGCACAACAAGAGAUUGAGACCAUCAAGAAGAGCAUUGAAGCCAAGGAGAACCAGAUACGCUCACUGCAAGAUGAGAUAAACGCGCAAGACGAGACAAUUGCCAAGCUGAACAAGGAGAAGAAGCACCAAGAGGAGGUGAAUCGUCAACUUGUGGACGACGUGCAGGCUGAGGAGGCCAAGCAGGCCCAAGCUGCUCGUCUAAAGCAAAAGCUCGAGCAGACUCUCGACGAGCUUGAGGAAUCCAUCGAACGGGAACGUCGCAUACGAUCUGAAACCGAAAAGUCAAAGAGAAAGACCGACGGUGAACUCAAGGCCGCGCAAGAGAGCAUCGACGAGAUCACAAAGGUGAAACAAGAGGCCGAUGCCAACUUGAAGAAGAAAGAAGCUGACCUGCACGCUCUUGGAGUGCGAAUCGAAGACGAGCAAGCGAUGGCGAAUAGACUCAACCGCCAGUGCAAGGAAAACUCAGUGCGCAUCAUUGAAAUCGAGGAUGAGCUGGAGCACGAAAGGCAAGCGCGAGCCAAGGCCGACAGGGCUCGCGCCGAGCUGCAGAGGGAAUUGGACGAGCUA